UAAUAAAUUAUAAUUCAAGUAAGUUUUCGAUCAAAAUGGCCACAGUCGGGAUAAUUUAUCAAAAAGGCUUAACUGCCAGAGUGCCUCUGACCCCCUCUUUAGACCAUAAAUGGGAUACUUAAGUAACGAGACUCCCAGAACUCUGGAUGAUAUUGAUAAGUUAGCGAAAACUAUGAACUAUUUGGCCAACACUUUGGGUGAGGAGAAGGCCAAGCAGAUUGAGCAAAGUCCUGAAGACUUCUACAAUGGAAAUAAAUUCAGAUAUUUCCAAGUGAAAGGAUACCACAGGUCUGUCCCCUUCAGUAUUGUGGCUACUCUUGCAGGGGUAUUCGCCGUUGGAGGCUACAAGAAUAGUAAUAUGCUGAUGAGGAGACAUCCCUUCUUCGUAUUUGGAGCAGGUGCAUGCAUCUUUAUCGCUUCCCAUAAGUUCUUCGAGAGGAGAGCCGGUUACAGGACGGAUGACUAUUAUGCUCAUGUCUACGCCAAGUACUUGAUAAUGACUAGGAAUUUGAAGAUCAAGGGUUAAUUGAAUACAUCUAUGCAAUUUUGUAAUA